AUGGUCAACGGAAUAGCCAUUUUAUUGCUUUGCGGACUGGGUCUCAUCCAUGCGAGCCAGUUAACGGAGGAACUUCACUUGGUUCACCACCGCUUAAGCAGGUUCAAGGAGUCACUAUCCCAGGAUAUUAACCACGAAAUCAUAGUCACUCGAGAUUCUAGUACAAGUGAUACCCAAUGCCUGGCGGAUAUGAAGGAGUUAUUUGCCGGGGUGAAAACUGGCAGCUACUGGGCACUCAAAAGUAAGUUAAAAUCAAUAAUAAGUUAAUUGUGAUUUUUAAGUAAUAUGUUAUGAAAUAUUUCAAUGCUCGAUUCCUGGGGUUCUUUUCCCUCGGGCCUAUUGUACGGAACCUUGUACGAUCUGGGCAACUUCGAUGAGUGCCUCAAUAUAAAUCAGGAGAUUAGCAGCAGCCAAACGAUCAAAGGAAAAUAUUGUUUCAUGGCUGUGCCUCUUAGAGAUGUUCUUGAUACCGGAAUCGAAUCCCUAGAAGGCAUGCAGAUCAAGAUUGCCACCUGUUUUCCGGCUUCCUGUUCGGCAACUCAAGUCGAGACGUUUGCUGGGCAAUUUAUCAAAAGCAUGAGUUUUAAUAUCAGCAUCGAUGAGGACGGUUGCCAGACAAGCGAUCCUGUUCCUUGGGAUGGUCUCACCAUUUUCACAGUUGUUAUUCUGUCAGUGCUUACUUUAAUAGUGGUUACCGCAACACUUUACGACUAUUUCCUUUGCACGACUCAACAAAAACCUGCUUUGAUUAUAUCGGCUAGAGCGAAUUCCCGAGCUCUUUUCCGUCUUGAGGUUAGUAGUUCCAAUUCGAAUGACGUUAAUUGCCUUCAUGGAAUUAGGUGCAUGUCCCUCAUAUGGGUGGUUUUUCUGCAUGAGCAUUUGUAUUGCCUGAUAUCUCCAAACAUCAAUUUUACCUAUGCGCUUGCGUGGCUAGAGAAACCGAGCUCAAGCUUCUUUGUACAUGGCUAUUUCUCGGUGGAUACGUUUCUAUUUAUUGGUGGCCUACUGGUAUCAUUGACAGCUCUGCGGACCAUGGAAAAGACCAAUGGAAAGCUAAAUGUCCCCAGGAUGUAUGUGAAUCGCAUUAUUCGCAUCCUGCCCGUUCUGGACAUAGCAAUCUUGAUCUACGUAAAACUAAUGCCGGUUGUGAGCGGCGGACCCCUUUUCAAAAGUGGAUUCCAUGGCAAAGAGGAGUGUGUGAAUGGCUGGUACUGGGACCUGCUCUUCAUCCAGAACUAUGCAACGAAAACAGUUUGUCUUGAUCAGACGUGGUAUUUAGCGGUGGACAUGCAGCUGUACAUCCUCUCCCCUCUACUCCUGAUUGGCCUUUACAAAUGGGGCAAGAAGGCAGCUUGGGCCAUUGUUGGCAUUGUGGUUUUGCUUUCAGGUUGUCUUGCCACCCAAAUGGUCAAUCACUACUCGAUGAGUAUUAAAAAUGGUGGUGGCGAUGAUGAAGCUAACUCAAAGCUGUACCUUGCCACGCACACACAUGCGGCUCCCUGGCUUAUUGGACUUCUGUUCGGAUACUUCCUGCACCUGAAUCGUGGCAGAAAGUUCCAGCUGACCUUGCUGGUACUGUGGUCGGGUUGGAUCAUCAGCUUGGCGAUGUUCUUCACCUCGAUCUUUGCAACCUAUCCGUCUGCGAAGUGGAGUGCUCCUCCGCUCUCCACCUUGGAGGAAUCUCUGUACUACACUCUCACUCGGGUUGGUUGGCCAUUGGCCAUGUGCUGGGUGGUAUUCGUCUGCAUUCAGGGCUAUGGUGGUCUGACCAACAGUUUCCUCUCCACACCCCUGUGGCAACCACUCUCAAGGUUGUCCUAUUCUGUCUUCAUCUGGCACAUGUUCGUCCAGGAGAUAAACAGCCGGAAUGUGCGGACCAGCACUUACUUCUCUUCCUACACUGUGAUGCUCAACUUCUGGUCUGACUUUGGCAUCAGUCUGAUUAUGUCCUAUGCUUUAUAUCUUAUUAUUGAGGCUCCUAUAGGUGGGCUGCAAUCACUUUGGAGUCCAUCGGGAAGUGCAAAGCCUACAGCGGUACUACGGCCUGUAUUAACUUCUGUUGUGGAGCACAAGCGUAAUGGUGAUGAGCCCGAACAUAGAUAAGCUGUCUGAUUUGAUAAGUAUUUAAUAAAGUUAAGAGCGUUUAGAUAACUUUUCUGUAUAUUAGACUAUUACAAAGUCAAAUAGUAUUAACUACGAAACUGCCUUCCUAAAUAAGAGAUUUUUUGCAAUAUGCACUCCAUCAAAUUAUGUAAAAGUAUCUCAGGUCUUAGCCAAAUUAAAUAAAUAUAGUUUAUCAAAAUAUGUUUGUGAAUUUUUUCUUACUAACUAAUUAAUCGCAAAAAUUGACAUUUUCCGGCCAC